CAAUCCAGCUUCAAGCGGGGGGGGGAGUUGGUUCCAGGCGUGCUCCGGCUUCCUCGCAGGGGGGUUUGCAAAUCCCAGCUUUUUUUCCGCCCCAAAGAGAGCCGCGAUGUGGCUGCGUUUUUUGCACAAGGUGCUUCCCAGAGUGGGGUUGCGAUGGCACCACUGUCGUGUCGAAGUAGCCAACGAACCGAUUUUGGGAUUCAUGCCCGGCAGCCCCGAACGUGUGGCUCUCCAGAAGGCUCUCAGCGACUUGAAAGGCAAAACCGAAGCCAUCCCGUGUGUCGUUGGGGGAGAGGAGGUGUGGACGGCCGACGUGAGAUACCAAGUGUCGCCUUUUAACCAUUCUCAUAAGGUGGCGAAAUACUGCUAUGCGGAUAAGGAUUUGCUCAACAAGGCCAUCAACGCCGCCCUGGCUGCGCGGGAGGAAUGGGAUUUGCGGCACAUCCAGGACCGCGCCGAGAUAUUCUUCAAAGCCGCCGACCUGCUGAGUGGGCCCAGGAGGGCCGAAAUCCUCGCCAAGACCAUGAUCGGGCAAGGGAAAACCAUCAUCCAGGCGGAAAUCGAUGCCGCCGCCGAGCUGAUUGACUUCUUCCGCUUUAACGCCAAAUACGCCCUGGAAUUGGAGGGCCAGCAGCCGCUCAGCGUUCCCCCCAGCACGAAUGCCAUGGUCUACCGAGGUCUGGAGGGUUUCGUGGCUGCCGUCUCUCCCUUUAACUUCACUGCCAUCGGAGGCAACCUGGCGGGAGCUCCCGCUUUGAUGGGCAACGUGGUCCUCUGGAAGCCCAGCGACACGGCCAUUCUGUCCAGCUACGCUGUCUACAAGAUCCUUCUGGAAGCUGGGCUCCCUCCCAACGUCAUCCAGUUCGUCCCGGCGGAUGGCCCCGUUUUCGGAGACACGGUGACCCGCUCGGAGCAUUUGUGCGGGCUCAACUUCACUGGCAGCGUGCCAACCUUCAAACGCCUUUGGAAGCAGGUCUCAGAGAACCUGGAUCAGUACCGCACCUUCCCGAGGCUUGCUGGAGAGUGCGGCGGGAAGAACUUCCACUUUGUCCACGCCUCGGCCGACGUGCCCAGUGUGGUGAGCGGGACCCUGCGCUCGGCCUUCGAGUACGGCGGGCAGAAGUGCUCGGCCUGCUCCCGCCUCUACGCCCCUGACGCGCUGUGGCCCCGCAUCAAAGCCGAGCUCCUGGAGGAGCACCAGAAGAUCAAAGUGGGCGACCCGACGGAGGAUUUUGGAGUGUUUUUUUCUGCCGUCAUUGACCACAAGUCUUUCGAGCGCGCCCGGAAGUGGAUCCGACACGCUGAGACGUCGCCUGACCUUUCCAUCCUGGCCGGGGGCGGGUGCGACGACCGAAUCGGCUACUUUGUCCAGCCCUGCAUUGUGGAGACCAAAAACCCGAAGGAUCCCAUCAUGCAAGAGGAGAUUUUUGGCCCAAUCCUGGCGGUGUACGUCUACCCGGAGAAGCAGUACCAAGAGGUCCUCCGGCUGAUAGACAGCACUUCUCCUUAUGGCCUCACAGGGGCGGUGUUCGCCCAGGAUCACACCGUCAUUGCCGAAGCCAGGAAGCUCCUGCGCAACGCGGCCGGCAAUUUCUACAUCAACGACAAAUCAACCGGCUCCGUUGUGGCCCAGCAGCCGUUUGGUGGCUCUCGCGCUUCGGGCACAAAUGACAAACCGGGGAGCCCACUCUAUAUUUUACGCUGGACCUCUCCGCUGGCCAUCAAAGAAACCCACGCGCCUCUGGGGGACUGGAAAUACCCCUACAUGCAAUGAUGAUGCUCAGCCGUGCCUUCUCCCGAGGAGCCACUACGUACGAAGUGGUGGAUCUGUUACAGGCCUUGGCAGUCUUUCCUAACGCACAGAAAUCAUUAGGAACUGACCUUUGUUCGUAGGAACCUCCUCUUGAUGUCCCAUUUUGGGGUAGUCUUCCAAAACAGGGUAGAAUCGCUUCCCUUUGGAAAAAACGAACAGCGUAGAUUGGAAAUUCAACAAAAAAUACCACCCCACACCUGGACGCCAGCUCCAGUUGUCGGAGGAGACGUGCAGGCUUUCUGAAUAUGCCCCUCUUAAAUGUUUGUAGCCUGAAUUCCAAAUAUUUUGUCCCUUUCUUCUCUGUUUUUAAGCUGUGCCUCUUCUCCUCACCCUCUCCUUCCACUGGGGUGGGAAAGGGAGGGUGGGGAACACACUCUGCAUCGGUUAGAGGUACGUUCGAACACACUGGAAAAAGCCAUCUCAAAAAUGAUUUCCCUUUUUCUUUUUGUUUGGCACAUCCUUUCCACAGUUCAAACGCUGCUGUAUCUUAUAGGACACCUUUUCCUUAUUUUAACAUAAAAACAAGCAUCGCUAUGGUGAUCUGCAAUAACAAAACGAAAUCCGCAGGCUGGGCUUUUGUCUUUUUCUGUUUUUAAAAAAAUUAUUAUAAUUCUGCAACUGUGCAGGCUUUUGAGUUCUCCAGAACCCUUCAUCUCAAGGCACCGUUGGCCCAAAGCAGGGUUUAGGUGAAGAGAAAAGCUUUGGAUGUGCCACCUUCUCGGGUCAGAUGUGGCAGGAGAGUCAACUUUGCAGUUAAACUCCAGCCCAAGAUAACAGUGUUCCUGUAGACCUGCAUCACCUAGAUUUGUUGAAGAGUGCUGUAGCAUUCAAAAGUUUGCAUGCUUUGGGGGGAAUUUUAGUCCGUCCAAAUAAAAGCACUGACUACUUGCCAGUUUUGUUUCAUGCCAGCGGCCUCUCCUUUGACAUAUUUUUGUAUGCAAAAGGAGUUUCAGCCCCGCGAGAGUUCGAGCGCCAGAGAUUUGUGUGACACUGGAAGUCUUGACACUGGAUCACGUUCGGAACAAAACCGAGCCGGUUUGGCUUAACUAAUUCUUCACAGACCAUCCUUUGGAUCGGCGUGGAACGGGAUGCGUUUUGAGCCUGACGGUUGCAAUGCAGAAAUGUACUUGUGUGCGUCGUGCGGAUGUGUGUGAGAUCCUGCUGCUCGUUUAGCGGUUUCAUUAAGAGUUUCCAAUGAGUGUGGUUGUCGAUUGGGGAUGUUUGCUGCUUUUUGGCUAAUUCUAAUAAAAGUUUCUAACCAUCAACCGA